AUGGAUGAAUCAGCCCCGCCCGUACGCACCCGUAGGCGUACAGCUGCCUCCUCACAGGGUACGACAGUCUCCACGACAGUUGCUUGCACUUUGAGCGACAAACCGUCUACCAGGACCCAAAGAGACUCCAAGGCAAGCACUAGUCGCGACACAAUCGCUUCAUCACCGCCUGUGGACGAGCCGUCCAGAAAGACGCGCACUCGUCGUGACCUCAGCAAGGAUGCCAGCGCCACAUCAAGGCCAAAGACCGGACCGUCAAGCUCUCAAGCAGACUCCAACAUGAAAAAUACCACAAUCACAGCAACAGAAACAGAAUUAGCAUCGGCAUCGGCAUCGGCAUCGGCAUCGGCAUCGGCAUCGGCAUCUCUGUCCCAGGAAUCGGCGCACGACAAGUUUAUUGCAGCACCAUUAGCAAAUGCAUGCACCGUAGCGAAGGCCGACUGCUCCAAGCCAGGGGCUUGCUCAACAAGCAGAGCUUCGCCUACAACAAAUGCGCCACAGAAUCUAGCCAGCCAACUCUUUAGUGAUGACUCGGAAGAAGCAUCACCGCAGCAAGAGAGCGAGAUAAGCGCUGCCAAUACAACCAGCCACGAUGCGCAAGCAUCUCACUCUCGCAAACGCCGACGUGCUGGCUCAAACUGUUCGCACCUCGAGUCGCCACCUGGCUCGGCUUCCCUCACCGCCGUCCUCGAGCCCGAACAAGCGGGCAACACUGCGUCUGACACGCUCUCGCUCCAACUUCGCAUCCGCCAACUCGAGUUGCAGCUCGCCGAGGCCAAAAAGCAAGCCCAACAGAGUGCCAACGUCGCCAGUGCACAGAGCACCGUCUUGCUAGAGAUGCAUUCUCUCUGCAUUUGCCACAUCUGCCUGGAGCCCUCCUUCCGCCCGUGCGUCUUGGCACCGUGUGGGCACGUGUUUUGCAUCCACUGUCUGCGAACCUGGUUCACCAAGCUGAUGCCCGACGAGGCGCCAGUUCCUUCGAGCUGGUCGCGCGACGAGAUCGAACAAUACGAACGUGCGCGCACGCUGAAGCGCGCAAAACUGUGCCCCUCUUGCCGUACCGAGCUAGCCUGUCCGCCCGUCGAGGUGUACUUGGUCAGAGACAUGCUCGAAAAGGUGGACCAUGCACUCGAGCUUAGCAAAAGCAUCCAGCUCGACGCGCAUCUGGGCGAGUCGAGCACCGCAAUGCUCUCUGACGACGACAAGGCUCGUCUCAAGGGCCAAGAUCUGCCCAAGGGUGACAAGCUGUGGGCGGAUAUCUUUGACCCCGACGGACCACGUCGCGUCAUCUAUGACCAAAUGGACGGUGUGCUUCGUUGCGGCAAAUGUGCUUGCGAGAUCGUCGAAGGCGUCUGCGACAAUAUCGAGUGUGCCAUCGAUUACUGCGAUCUCGAAGACGAAUGGAUGGCACAAAGGAACGUCGACGACGUGGAUUCAGAGCAGGACGCUUACGAUGACACAGGUGCAACUCGAACUGAACGUAACGCUGCGCUCGGCGUCCACCUCGCCAACUUUGAAGCUCGAGGUGUCGGAGCUGGAUUUGGUCAGCGCGUCGCGUUUUCAAGUGUCGAGUUGGAUGACUCGUCGGACCAAGAGAACAUGAUGUCUGCUGGUUCGCUUGAGCCAAGUCGAUCCGGCGGUGCACGACGUUCGGCAUAUGUAUACAGCCACGAGGAUUCAGAAGACGAUGCAGAGAUGGACGAUUUCAUCGUACGCGACCAAGACCAUCUCGACUACUUUGACGCAAGCGCAAGCGCAAGCGAGCACGAGCAUGAGCCCUGGUAUGAACGUGAUUGGGACGACAUGGAUGGUGAAGAGGGAAACGACGAAGAGGAUGACGACUUUUUGCCCGGCCCGCGCGCGCUGCGAGGUGAAUCCGCGAUCUCGAUCUCGGACGAUCAAGACAAUGGCGAUGGUUUGAGCGACACGGAUUCGAGUGUCGAAUACAGAGGUCUGCGUGGUGCGUCACGGCUGGUUCGAGACGAUGAGGAUGCGUCGUCACACGGUUCUCGCGCGCACUCCGAGACACACAGCGUUCAAAGUGUGCACGAGCAGGUGCAUGCUACUAAACCGAGUGGCGCACUAGGCAGUAGCACAGAUAGUAGUGCAAGGCGUCGACGAGUGCGCAUUCUGGAUGACGACGACGAAUGA